AUGCUCCUAUUGCUGCUGCUCGGCGUGCUCGGCGUCGCGGCGCUCGACCCGAUCGUUGCGCGCGGCAACCGCCUCUACAACGCGCGCACGGGCGUCCGCUUCGUCAUGCGGGGCAUGACGUACGAGGGCGACGUGAGCGACGACCACUACGACGAGUUUGUGCGCGAGACGCUCGAGACGUCGCUGACGGACCUGUUUGGGCACUUCAACACGUUUCGCCUCUACAACAUCAACCCGGAUCGGUCGUACGCCAAGUUCAUGGCGCACAUGAACACCCGGGGCAUCUACGUGCUGCCGUCGGCGUCGCCGACCAACAACAAGUACUACGGCUCGUACGCGACGCAGACCAUGGACCGGACCGUCAACGGCGAGUCCUCGUACACGAGCAUCGACCACAUCGUCAAGCCGCUGGCGCCCCAUUCGAAAAGCUGCUACCCGACCUACUUGCUCUACUAUGGCAAGCGCAUCAUCGAGAACUUUGCGCAGUACGACAAUACGCUUGCGAUCGUCAUUGGCAACGAAGUGCUGCAGCUCGACCUCACGGCCGCCGCGUGCGUUAAGAUGUACGCGGCAGACCUGAAAGACUGGAUGGGCGUCAACGUCAAGAAGCUGCGCACGAUUCCGCUGGCGUACUCGGCCGCGGACGGCGCGUACACAGAGCUCGUGAACGGAGCGCUCAAGCAAGUGCUCUCCGCGACCGCGUACCACGCCAUCAAGAUCCAAGGGCUUCUCUGCGGCGACACGAUGGUCCACGGCGUGAUGACCAAGAGCAUCGACAUGUACAUGAUCAACGAAUACCGGUGGUGCAACAAGAACACCUUUAACGAGGCCUACAAAGAGCUGCUCGGCCUCGCGCAAGGAGUCCCGAUCGUCUUGGCGAUCGGCGAAUUUGGCUGCGCGACGAAGCGCCCGCGCACGUGGGAAAUGGUCCCGACCCUCUUCUCCGAGUCCUUGGCGUCCAAAGGCUGGACCGAUGUGUACUCGGGCGGCUUUGCAUACGCGUUUGGGGAAGCGUCGCUGCCGCGCGACAGCAUCUUCCCCCUCUUUAUCGGCGCGGCCGACACGGGCAUCACGACCAAGCCGGGCACGACGCCGACGCCCGACUACGCCAACCUGCUGCAGCAAUACAAGAAGGUGGUCACGCCGCUGGCGCCGGCGGAAUUCGCGCCUCCGGACGUCUGCUCGUUUGCACCGACGCUGACGACGGAGCCCACGAUGCCGGCGGCGGUUGCGGCGACUUGGAUGCCGUCGUGUGCGAACCCAACGCUCAAGAUCCGGUCCUUCGAUACGUGGAUCACGAAAUCGCGGCAGGGACAGGCCUGUGACAAGUAUGGCGCGCCGUGCGAAGUCGUUCUUCCAGACAAGGUGGGCACGACCCAAGAAGACAUUUGCGGCAAGCCGCUCGUCGUCGAGAGCGGUGGUAGCCUCUGCACGCCGGGCGACAGCACGUGCAAGCACGGUAGCUGCGUCGCGCUUUCCGCCACCGCUGGCCGCUGCGUCUGCAGUGGCUGCUGGGGCGGCUCGACGUGCGCCGUCAAGGACGACGACAAGUGCAGCGUCAUUCCCAACCUGCCGCAGGCACCUAAAGUCAUCUUUACGACCCUCGCCAUCUUCGUCGGCGGCAUGACGCUGGUCUUUGGCGCCCUUGCAGUCGUAGCGCACAAGGGCUCGCAUACGUCCAAUACCAAUGCCGAGGUCUACCAUGCUCUGUAACUAUCC